AGCGCCUCCGAAAUCCUUCCACUCGCCCCUCCGCGGCCCUCCUUAGGUUUCCCCCGUGCGUGAGACCCUGUUCGGAGUAGUGAAGAGGGUAUUGGUGAAGGAGGGAAUGUUUGCUCUCUUUCUAGAUUCCCCUGAUGGCCUUUCAGCUUCUUUAUGAGGCACCUGCGCCUCUUUUUCUUGAGCGCCCUCCCUGCUCCUCCUCCUCCUCCUAUGGAAGGAGAUUUCUACCACAGGAUGCUUUGUCAUAUUGCUCGUGUUCGGAGUCUCGCUUGAGGAGUUCAUAACCGACUUUGUGGGAAACAUUUCACUGUUCUUCAACUCGUCCUCCAUGGCAACGUGGAGCCGUGAAGCUGUGCUAAAUCUUUAUCGUGCCCUGUUGCGUCAGGGACGUGGCUUGCGCUACACUGAUCGUGAUUUCUAUCUCAGCUCGAUCCGGAAAGAAUUUCGCAAGAACCAGCACCUUACGUCCCCAGAAGAUAAAGAGCGACAUCUUAAAAAGGGCCAGGCUUUUUUGCACAGCCAACUUGGAGGCCUUAUUUAGAAAAAAAAAAUUUUCUUGUCAUAUAUUUCUUU